AUGAAACCCCGCCCGGAGCUCGCCGCGGCGUUUCUCCGCCGCGCCGGCGCCGGCGACGGCGACGGCGACGACGGGACGCUGCAGACGCGCGCGAGCGUGACCGUCGCCGACCUCGCGGACGCGCGCGUGGGGGACCUCGCGCGCGCGAAUCUGCGGACGAACGCGGAGGCGCGCGCGAGCGUGCGCGACGCGAGCGCCAAGCGCGUCGUCAUCGGCGCGGUGCGUUCUAUGUCACACUGGUCCCCAUACGACCGCGUCCGCGUGGUGAACGCCGAUCCUUAA